AUGGCCUCCAAGACUGCCCCCUCUCGAGGUGUUGACCUCAAGUCCGCUGGACAUCCCAACCAAACACUCUACUGCACCAAUCUUCCCGAUAAGCUCAACAAGCAUGACCUCCGCUCCUCGCUCUACUCCCUCUUCUCCACCUACGGCACUGUCCUGGACGUCGUGGCCAUGAAGACGCACAAGAUGCGAGGACAGGCCCAUAUCGUCUUCAAGGACAUUCAAGCCAGCACACAAGCCAUGCGCGCUCUUCAAGGAUUUGAAUUUUUCGGCAAGGAAAUGAAAAUUGUCUAUGCUAAGGGUGCAUCCGAUAUCCUGGCCAAGCUUCGCGGCACGUACAACCCACCCGCCCUCGGCGCUGCUCCGACUGGAGCUUCGACAGAUCUUCAAAAGUCCAUUUUCAGCGGACCACCCGGCGCACUUCCCUCUCGGCCGGCAGCCGAGACAAAUGGAGAGGCACAUGGCGUUAAGCGACCUCGCCAGGAUGAGAGCGAUGAGGAAGAGGCGCCGAUGGAAGAGGACAGCGACGUGCCCAUGGAGGCUUCCUCGGAUGAAGAUUAA